AUCUCUAUGAUCGGGUUGGUGUCGGUGCUCGGGGCCACGGUGGGACAGUUGCUCGGGCUGCUAGUAUACGCCCGCUGGGGGUACGUCGGCGUGUUCUUGGUCGGGGCGCUCCUGCUGGGUGUCGCGGCGGUCUACGGACUCGCAAGACUCGAAAAGAAACCCGGAGCAGGUGACGAGGUCGAGCUGCGUCAAGACAGGUCAAUCCGGGAAAUUCUCUCUCUUAUACAGCUGAAAGAGACACUGCUGACGCCCUUCAGGAGGCGGAGAGACCAAGGACGACGUCACGUCAUCGGCCACAUCAUUGCUAUCUUACUCUUCAUCUCCACUUACGGAUCCCUCAACUAUAAUUUUCUGUACACUCGGAUAAGGUUCUCAUGGGAUUACAAAAAUUUCACCAGAUGGUCGAUAACGGACACCUGCCUCCUGUCUCUUGGCCCGUUGGUGGUUGUGCCUGUCAUGAGUUACUUGUGGCAGAUGGAGGACUCCCUAAUUGGCUUCCUCGGCGCCGUGUCCUUGCUCUUCGGCUCCGUCCUCCGAGGCACCGCCUACGCCGAUUGGAUCCUCUAUUUAGCGUCAGUUAUAGGCCUAGGACAAGGGCUAAUCAUCAUGGCCUCAAGAGGUGCCAUAUCGAAAACGGUGAAUGAGGAAAAAACAGCCAAGAUAUUUGCAGUUCUUGGGGCAUUCGAGACCGGCGUCCCAGUUCUCUCGGCCUUUGUUUACACUGCUAUUUACAACAGCUCUCUCGAGACAUUCCCUGGAGCCAUCUACACCUUCACGGCCCUCAUAGCUGUCGUUAUCUGUUGCUUAUAUGUUUCCCUGUACGGCAGACAAGCUACGGAGCGUCAAGAUGAAAAUGGUCCAUAAUUAAAAGGAGCCACAGCGGUGAUUCCCAACCAGAGAUCCCAUGGCCUUCGUCAGAGGUUCUGCAAGACAUUAUGGAAUUAACAUAUGAAAUAAAAUAAAAUAGCGGAUAUAACCCUAGCCCCGCCCAGAUGCUCUUGUGAAGAGCAAGAAA